CAACUUUUCACGUUAAAAGAUGGCGACCAUGAAUGGAAAGAGCUGGCCAAAUACUUUCAAUGAUUAUGACCUUCAGGAAGUCAUUGGAUACGGAGCAACAGCUGUAGUUCAGGCGGCAUUAUGUAAACCACGCAAUGAAAGAGUUGCUGUAAAAAGAAUAGACCUUGAAAAAUGUGGAGCAAGUAUCGAUGAAAUGCAGAAAGAAAUUGCUGCAAUGUCCCAAUGCAACCAUGAAAAUGUUGUAAAUUAUUAUACAUCAUUUAUUGUUAAACAAGAACUUUGGAUAGUAAUGCGCUUGUUAGAUGGAGGUUCUAUGUUAGAUGUGAUCCGAUAUCAGAUCAAGUUAGGCCGUAAUCAGGGAGGUGUGUUGGAUGAAACAAUAAUUGCAACAGUUCUUAAGGAGGUUCUUAAAGGAUUGGAUUACUUUCAUAGCAAUGGUCUUAUUCAUAGAGAUGUAAAAGCUGGUAAUAUUUUGCUUGCGACUGACGGAACUGUUCAAGUUGCAGAUUUUGGCGUCAGUUCCGCGUUAUAUUCCUAUGGUGACCGUAGUCGACCAGAGAAAAGAACCACAUUUGUUGGUACUCCAUGUUGGAUGGCACCUGAAGUCAUGGAACAGGUGAAUGCCUACAACAACAAAGCAGAUAUAUGGAGUUUUGGUAUUACUGCCAUCGAAUUAGCAACCGGAACUGCACCAUAUGCCAAAUUUCCCGCCAUGAAGGUUUUAAUGUUAACUUUGCAAAAUGAUCCACCUACACUUGAAACAAUAUCUGAAAACAAAAAUGAUGACUAUAAAAAAUAUUCUCGACAAUUUCGUCGUAUGAUUAGUUUGUGUCUUAAUAAAGAUCCUCAGCAAAGACCUGACGCUUCUGAACUAUUGAAAAAUGCUUUUUUUAAACGAGCGAAGGGUAAAGCUUUUCUAAAGGAAACACUUUUACCACUUGCUCCUCCGCUUGGUGAAAGAUCGCAGAAGGUUAAACGCGUUCCAGGCUCUAGUGGUCGUCUUCAUAAAAAUUCCGAUGGCUUAUGGGAAUGGUCUGACGAUGAGAGCUAUGGUGGGCCUGGUAACGAGAAUGAAAAUAAAAUUGAUGCACCAAAUGAUAAUAAAGGAGAGCAAACUCCAGUUACUUCGAUGACGAGUGAUCAAAGCGAUCAAGUUACUACACCAGCUACACAAGCCUGUGUUGUUUCUAAACCAUCCAAUGAAGAAACGAGUUCCUCUGAUAAACCAGUCCUCAAUCUCACUUUACGCUUGAGAAAUGCUAAAAAUGAGCUGAACGAUAUUAGAUUUGAUUUUAAACACGGUGAAGACACACCGCAGGGCGUUGCUCAGGAACUUGUCAGUGCGGGACUUAUUAAUGGUGUUGAUAUGAUAUUAGUGGCAGCAAAUCUAGAAAAAGCUCUUGAGAAUCCAGCUCUCUACCACCAUCCGGAGUUUAUGGUCUUUCAACUGAAAACAUCCAUUCCAGUUGGGAUUAUGAAAGAUGAAAAAUCAUUAAUUGGUUUUGCGCAAUUGACGAUAAAUUAAAUACUCGUUUUUUCAAUGAAUGAGACAAAUUGUCUGAUUUUAAAAGUACAGUGAUCUUUGCUUCCCAAAUAACAAUCUAUAGUUGUGUUGAUAAAUAUCGUUUGAUACACAUAUGGUUUGUCAUUUCACUCUCAAUCUAAAAUAUUUAAAGCCAUUUGUGUAAACAGCUCACCAUGAAAUUUAUCGAUGAGAAUUACUGAACAUUUUCAUACUAAUGGUUAAAAACAUUCGUAAAAUUUAUAUGUUUCUCAACUCAGCUCUUUUUUUGAAUUAGUUUCGUGUACUGCCGCCAGCUACUUUUUCGUAAAAUUUUAGUCUAGAAACAGACGGUCCAAGUACAAAAAAACUGACUGUGAUUGAAAAUUUAUGUCUACUUUAUGUAAGUAAGAAUAUUUAUGUUAUUCUACAUGUAAUCACCUGUAAACCAGUAUUUAAAUUUCAAGAAUCAGUAUGUGUUAUGUUGUGAUGAA